AUGCAACUUCUUCUUCUACUAUGUUUGGUCUCGUUGUCACAAGCCCUUCUCGGAGUUGGCAGGACUCAGUCGGUCGCCGUCACUGGUCGACUAAUUUGCAACGGCCAGCCAGCUAGUAAUGUUAAAGUGAAACUGUACGAAAAGGAAAGCACUAUGGAUGUGAACAUGGCCGAAGGUGUAACAGAUCAAAAUGGCAUGUUCCGACUGUCUGGCUCGAAAACUGAGAUUUCCACCAUUGACCCAAAACUGAACGUCUAUCAUAAAUGCAACUACAAUGGACUCUGCUACCGUAAAUUUGGCAUCACAAUCCCAGACAAUUUCGUUACGUCUGGCUCAAAUCCUCAGAAAGUUUUCGACAUCGGAACCAUCAAUCUCGCCAACAGAUUCACCGGUGAAACAACCGACUGCCUAAAUUAG